AUGAAAGACAGCUGUGAGCUCGGAGCCUCAGUUCGCGUCUUUCGUCAUGAUUGGAAAAACAUGGUUAUCUUUGUCCUUUCUGGAAUAGUGUUUCUCUUUUUUCUCCAGCUAAGAGAGCGUUCAUCCCUUUAUCUCUUGCUCGACACGACAUCUGGAGACCUGUUUCAAAGUCCUGUCACCACCGCCAGAAGUUCCAGUCAUCAUCUGAAGUUUAGACCCGCUAUCGACGAAGAAUCUCUGUAUGACGAGGAAUUCAUCAUCCACGAAAACGAGUUCACGUCAACUGUCGAAGAAACUUCAACAAACACAGCCGCAACUGCAACCACGACAACGAUGAGUACAACAACUACGACAGCAUUGACGACUGGUGUUGUUGAGGAGAAUGAGAACUGUCCUGUCAGAGAUACUGCAACUUGGGACACUCCAGUUGAACCCAUCUACAAAUUAAGAAACGAUAGAUUUUUGUGA